GAUUUCGCGGCCCGCGCCAGCGCCGGGGUCUGUGCCGCGGACUCGGGGCCCUGAAAAAAACGCUCUUCCUGGGUCCGGCCAGAGGUUUAGAGAGAGACGGGUUCGACUCUAAGGCCUGAAAAGGAACAAGGCCCACCAGAAGCAAUGGCCACCGUCCCUGACCUCCAGCCCCUGCCAGCCUUGGAGCAGGACCUGGAACAGGAUGAGAUCCUGAUUGUGAAGGUGGAGGAGGACUUCCGCUUGGAAGAGGAGCCCUCCGUGGAGUCGGAGGACCCCAGCCCUGAGACUUUCCGCCAGCUCUUCCGGCUCUUCUGCUACCAGGAGGUGGCUGGGCCCCGGGAGGCCCUGAGCCGCCUCUGGGAGCUGUGCUGCCGCUGGCUGCGGCCGGAGCUGCGCACUAAGGAGCAGAUCCUGGAGCUGCUGGUGCUGGAGCAGUUCCUAACUGUGCUGCCAGGGGAGAUCCAGGCUCGAGUGCGUGAGCAGCAGCCGGAGAGCGGUGAGGAGGCCGUGGUCCUCGUGGAAGGGCUGCAGCGGGAGCCCAGGAAACACAGGCAGCGGGGCUCAGAGCUGCUUUCUGAUGACGAGGUGCCCCUCAGAAUGGGGGGACAGUCCUUGAAACGCCAGGCAGAGGCUCAGCCAGAGGAUCUGUCCCUGGAGGAAGAGGCUCGAUGCUCCAGCCAGCAGCCCCCAGCCCAGCUGAGCCACAGGCCACAGGGGGGCCCGCUGCUGUGGCCAGAGAGGGCCUGGAGGGGCAGUGCGGGUGCAGCUGCCUGGGCCAGUGGCCUCAGUUGGGGAGGAGGCAGCUUGCUUGGGGCCAGGACUGAGUGGGGUGCAUUCUGGCAGGCGCCCGUGAACUUGGAGGACGUGGCUGUAUACCUUUCUGGGGAGGAGCCAGGAUGCCUGGACCCAGCUGAGCGGGACGUGCCGCUGGAGAAUGAAGGACUUGGGAUCCAGUUAGAGGACGGCGGUGAUGACAGGGAGGAUGCCCCAGUGAGAAUGGAGUGGUACCGAGUGCUGUCAGCACGAUGCCAGGGGCCUAGCCACCCACUCCCAGGUCAGAGGCCAGCCCCAGUCAGGGGCUUGGUCAGGUCUGAGCUGCCAAGAGGCGGCCCCCAACCAGGAAGAGGGGCUUCCCAUGGGACUGACAAGCCGUACACCUGCCCCGAAUGUGGCAAAGGCUUCAGCAAGACGUCUCACUUGACCAAGCACCAGCGCACACACACGGGCGAGCGGCCUUACAAGUGCCUGGUCUGUGGGAAGGGCUUUAGCGACCGCUCCAACUUCAGCACGCACCAGAGGGUGCACACGGGCGAGAAGCCCUACCCAUGCCCCGAGUGUGGGAAGCGCUUCAGCCAGAGCUCCAGCCUGGUCAUCCACCGCAGGACGCACAGCGGGGAGCGGCCCUAUGCCUGCACCCAGUGCGGGAAGCGCUUCAACAACAGCUCCCACUUCAGCGCGCACCGCCGGACGCACACAGGUGAGAAGCCCUACACCUGCCCGGCCUGUGGCAGGGGCUUCCGCCGGGGCACCGACCUGCACAAGCACCAGCGGACCCACACGGGGGCAGGCUCCUUGCUGACGCUCCAGCCUGUGGCUCCUGGA